UGAAGCCUUUUCACCAACCUAGCAGAAGAGAGAAGGAUUAGAAGCGAAAGGUAGUCGAGGAAGAGUUUUCUAAGAACGCCGUAGGAGUUUUAGAUUCCUGAUAUUUACACUCUCUUACUUUCAGUUUGUCCCUUUGAAGUGACUUCCGCUUUGCGGCGGACACAGGCCAAACCUGUGGCGGGAGUUGGAGAUUCUGCAGCGAAUACACCAGUUGCAGCAUUCAGGAUCUUCAUUGCCUUGUGAGGGAUCUUCAUUGCAUCCUGCAGCAUCUAGUUCCCUGACCAAGGAUCGAACCCGUGUCCUCUGCAUUGAUCAUCAUGCCCAGAGGUCAUGACAUAAAAAAGUCUCUUACACCUCAGAUUUCUUGUUUGACAAGUGAAUCUUAUAAACAGCUGGAUUUUUUGCCUGACAAACUAAGAGCAAAGCUGCUUCCCUUCCAGAAAGAUGGCAUCACUUUUGCCUUGAGAAGAGACGGCAGGUGUAUGGUGGCUGAUGAAAUGGGUCUAGGAAAGACAAUUCAGGCAAUUGGCAUCGCUUACUUCUAUAAGGAGGAAUGGCCUCUUUUAAUAGUGGUCCCUUCAUCUCUGAGGUACCCUUGGACAGAAGAAAUAGAGAAAUGGAUCCCAGAGCUGGGUCCAGAAGAAAUCAAUGUUAUCCAGAAUAAAACUGAUGUUGGGAGAAUAUCGACCAGCAAAGUGACAGUUCUGGGUUAUGGUCUUUUAACCACAGAUGCGGAGACUUUGAUAGAUGCACUGGAUAAUCAGAACUUCAAAGUAGUUAUUGUAGAUGAAUCACACUACAUGAAGUCCAGAAAUGCAACUCGCAGCAGGAUUUUAUUGCCAGUAGUACAGAAAGCCAAACGAGCCAUUCUUCUUACAGGAACUCCAGCACUGGGAAGACCUGAAGAGCUUUUUAUGCAGAUUGAAGCUCUCUUUCCACAAAAAUUUGGAACAUGGACUGACUAUGCCAAAAGAUACUGUAAUGCACAUGUCAGAUAUUUUGGUAAAAGACCUCAGUGGGAUUGCAGAGGGGCAUCAAAUCUUAAUGAACUUCAUCAGCUAUUAAGUGACAUAAUGAUUAGAAGAUUAAAGGCUGAAGUUUUAACCCAGCUGCCCCCUAAAAUCAGACAGCGUAUUCCAUUUGAUCUUCCAUCAGCAGCAGCCAAGGAAUUGAAUUCCAGCUUUGAAGAGUGGGAAAAAUUAAUGAGAGUUCCAAAUUCAGAUGCCACCAAGACUAUCAUGGGGUUGAUUACUCGCAUGUUUAAGCAAACUGCUAUUGCCAAGGCAGGUGCUGUAAAGGAUUAUAUUAAGAUGAUGCUUCAGAAUGAUUCACUUAAAUUUCUGGUUUUUGCACAUCAUUUAAGCAUGCUCCAAGCUUGCACAGAAGCCGUCAUAGAAAACAAGACUCGUUACAUUAGGAUUGAUGGAAGUGUUCCAUCUUCAGAAAGAAUACAUCUGGUUAAUCAGUUUCAAAAGGAUCCUGAGACUCGUGUGGCUAUCCUAAGCAUUCAGGCUGCUGGUCAGGGUUUGACAUUUACUGCUGCAACUCAUGUUGUAUUUGCUGAGUUGUAUUGGGACCCUGGACACAUAAAACAAGCAGAAGACCGUGCUCACCGGAUUGGACAGUGCAGUUCUGUGAAUAUUCACUACCUUAUUGCAAAUGGGACUCUAGACACCCUUAUGUGGGGAAUGUUGAAUCGCAAGGCUCAAGUUACAGGGAGCACACUGAAUGGUAGGAAGGAAAAACUUCAGGCUGAGGAGGAUGAUAAGGAAAAAUGGGAUUUCCUGCAGUUUGCUGAAGCUUGGACUCCAAAUGAAAAGUCUGAAGAGUUCAGGAAUGAAAUGUUGUUCUCUCAUUUUGAAAAAGAAAAACAGCGUGAUAUUCGAUCAUUCUUUUUACCAAACCCUAAGAAGAGACAGUUGGUGACCUCCUGUGAUGAAUCAAGGGCAUUCCAGGAGAAAAAUACCGUAGCACCAGCAGACCCUGGAAAAACAGCUACAAGAGAUUAUGAAAGUGAUCUUGAACCUGAAGCUAAAAAAAUGAAAUCGGUCACCACCAAUGACCGCUGCAGUCCCCUGGAGGAGAAACCAUCCCAGCCCGGGCAGACCAAAGCUCCGCUCAUGGACAGGGUCUGUGAGGCCAAGGCCCAGGCCACCACCCCACCCCUUCCUGGUGAGGGCUGGCAGUGUGCUCUCUGCACCUAUAUUAAUAACUCAGUGCUACCUUACUGUGAAAUGUGUGAGAACCCUCAGGACAGUGCUGAUAGCCUCCACCACACUCAGUAUAAAAACAGAAACGAGAAAGAUGAUUCUCAGAAAGACACCUCCGAAAAAAUAUGGACUAGUUCUGACGGGGAAAAACAAGUCCUUGCACAUUCAGCACCUGAACCGUUAGCUGAGAGCCAGGAAGAAGUUUCAAAAACUGAGAGUGAGGACGGACUCACACCCCAGCCAGGUGAUGAACAGUUGAAGAGUUCGGACACUUUGGCAGUGUGUGAUACCUUAAUGUUUUGUGCGAGUAAGAACACUGACCGGAUUCACGUCUAUACUAAGGAUGGAAACCAGAUGAACUGUAAUUUCAUCCCUUUGGAUAUAAAAUUAGACCUUUGGGAAGAUUUACCAGCAAGCUUUCAGCUGAAACAAAAUCGCUCCCUGAUUUUGAGGUUUGUUCGAGAAUGGAGCAGUCUAACUGCUAUGAAGCAAAGGAUAAUCAGGAAAAGUGGGCAGCUGUUCUGCAGCCCGGUUCUUGCUCUGGAAGAGAUCACAAAGCAGCAAACCAAACAAAACAGUACCAAAAGAUACAUAACCAAAGAAGAUGUUGCUGUAGCCUCAAUGGACAAGGUGAAGAAUGAUGGGGGCCAUGUCCGUCUGAUCACAAAGGGGUCCAGGCCAGGGGGCCCUUCUACAAAAGAAUUUUUUGAAGAUGGAGCUUGUGUCCCAUUUCUAAAUCCCGGCACAGCCCAAGCUGAUCUCACUGCGAAACCUUCUACAUCCAAAGGCUAUUUGCAAGCUGUGGAUAAUGAAGGAAAUCCACUUUGCCUUCGCUGUCAGCAACCCACUUUCCAAAGUAAGCAAGAGCAUAAAGCAAAUGCUUGGGAUUCACGGUUUUGCUCUCUGAAAUGUCAGGAGGAGUUUUGGAUUCGAUCUAAUAACAGUUACCUGCGAGCCAAAGUAUUUGAAAUUGAACAUGGCGUGUGUCAGCUAUGUAAUCUGAAUGCACAAGAACUCUUUUUACAUCUGAGAGAUGCCCCUAAAAGUCAGAGGAAGAAUCUUCUGGAUAUUACCUGGACCUCAAAGCUCCCAUUAGAACAGCUUAAUGAAAUGAUAAGAAACCCAGUGGAAGGGCACUUCUGGCAGGUGGACCACAUCAAGCCAGUGUCUGGCGGAGGAGGACAGUGCUCCCUGGGCAACCUGCAGACCCUCUGCACAGUCUGUCACAGAGAGAGAACUGCAAGACAAGCCAAAGAAAGAAGUCAGGUGAGAAGACAAUCUCUAGCAUCAAAGCAUGGAUCAGACAUCACACGAUAUUUAGUAAAGAAAUGAAGUAUAAACAUUUUUGAAUAGAAGAUGUAUGGUUUGUAUGUGGAAAAUUCAACAUAAAUUAUUUUUCAUGUUAGUGUAAU